UUACUUUCCAUGACAGAUCUUAACGACAAUAUAUGCAAAAAAUAUAUAAAGAUGAUCACUAAUAUAGUUAUAUUGAGCCUGAUCAUUUGCAUUUCUUUAGCUUUCUGGAUUAUGUCUAUGACUGCAAGCACCUAUUAUGGUAAUUUACAGCCUAUUUCUCCUUGGCGUUGGCUGUUUUCCGUUGUCGUUCCUGUUUUGAUUGUCUCUAAUGGCUUUAAGAAGAAAAGUCUAGACCACAGUGGGGCUUUAGGAGGACUUGUGGUUGGAUUUAUCCUAACCAUUGCAAAUUACAGCUUUUUUACCUCUUUGCUGAUGUUUUUCCUUUCUUCUUCAAAACUCACUAAAUGGAAGGGAGAAAUAAAGAAGCGUCUAGAUUCAGAAUACAAAGAAGGCGGGCAGAGGAAUUGGAUUCAGGUAUUCUGUAAUGGAGCUGUGCCUACAGAGCUGGCCCUGCUGUAUAUGAUAGAAAAUGGCCCUGGGGAAAUCCCAAUAGAUUUUUCCAAGCAGUACACUGCUUCCUGGAUGUGUUUGUCUCUCUUGGCUGCACUGGCCUGCUCUGCUGGAGACACGUGGGCUUCAGAAGUUGGCACCGUUCUGAGUAAAAGCCCGCCAAGGCUAAUAACAACCUGGGAAAAAGUUCCAGUUGGGACCAAUGGAGGGGUCACAGUGGUGGGCCUUGCCUCCAGUCUCCUUGGUGGUACCUUUGUGGGCAUCACGUACUUCCUCACACAGUUGGUUUUUGUUAAUGAUUUGGACAUUUCUGCUCCCCAGUGGCCUAUUAUUGCAUUUGGGGGUCUGGCUGGAUUACUAGGAUCAGUUGUAGACUCAUACUUAGGAGCUACAAUGCAAUUUACUGGUUUAGAUGAAAGCACUGGCAUGGUGGUCAACAGCCCAGUGAAUGAGGUGAAGUUCAUAGCAGGGAAACCGAUUCUUGAUAACAAUGCAGUGAAUCUGUUUUCUUCUGUCCUUAUCGCCCUCUUGCUCCCAACUGCUGCUUGCCAUUUUUGGCCCAGUGAGUGAACUUUAUUUCAUUUACAAAGGUUGAAACUGUGGUAAAUUCAGCUAAAUUUGCAAUUCUGAGUUUCAUUGUAAAAAGAAUAAUUACAAUGGCAAGAGGAAAUAUCAGCUCUUCCCAUAUUCCAUUGUGAUGAAAUUCCACAUUUUUCCUUUCGUAACUCCCUUGUAACAGCUAACAUGUUUGUAGUGAAAGAUAAGUAUACACAGAACUUAUUCAUAUUUUUCUUCUGCUGAGUAGAGCUUCUUGAGCAAUGAAGCUAUGAUAUCCAUAUAGAUUGCUAUAUACUGAACUGAAAAUUUCUAUGGAGUAAAUAAUAGAUUUUGUUCUCGUUAAACCAGUAUAGGGACUAAAAGUGUAAUGCCACAUGUAACAGUUACCCAAAUUGUAGUUUGGGGUGGUUUAAACUGAUGUGUGUAUGUGGAAUUCUGAAUAAGUGUAAUCCUGGACUCCAUUACUUGCCAUACACAAUUGGGAAAAGUGUGGAGUUUGGUUCUUAGUGAGCUAUGAGGCCUACUCCACAUUUGUUCUCCCUUUCUCAGGGUUAGUAAUGGGAAAAAAGUAAAUGUCUUUGUCAUAUGACCAUUAGAAAGCAUACUUUUUUAAGUAAAAGCAAAGAAGAUUUAUAUCUAAGAUAUGUGCACCUUCUAUUUCAAUUGAUCUUUGAGAAGUUAUCUUGUAUUUAAUGUUUUUUAAUGUAUUUUCUAGUUUUCUUUGAAAUUUGUAUAAGAAUUUGUUUUACUUUGGCAUCCUGAACAAUUAGAGUCACUGGGAAACUAUUGUAACUGUUUUUUUAUUUGCUACCUAGAAUUCACUGGAAGAUGCUAUGAUUUCUUUUUCUGUACUUAAGUUAUGCUCUUCUGUACAAUAUAGACUCAAAUGAAUUCUACUUUUCAGUUUUGUUCUUCACUAUGAUUUACUGUGCACCAAAGGAGUUUAAUAUGGUAUGGAUUAUUUUGCUCAAAGUAUUUUAGUAUAUGUGCUGAAGUGAGCAUGUUGCUGAAAGUAUUUAAAAAUAUUUCUCAUGUGAUUUCCAUACAUCCCUCCCCCUUCUUUUGCAUUGAAAUUGAAGAGAGAUUCCUUGAAUUAAGCCACUAUUAUUUUAGAGUGGAUAAAGCUUAGAAUUCUUUACUGGUGGGGCGCCUGGGUGGCUCAUUUGGUUAAGCGACCAACUUUGGCUCAUGACUGACUUUGGCUCAGGUCAUGAUCUCACUGUGAGUUCGAGCCCCAAGUCAGGCUCUGCCCUAACAAUGCAGAGCUUGCUUCAGAUUCUCUGUCUCCCUCUUGCCCUCUGCCCUCCCCCUUUCAUGCUCGCUCUCUCUCUCUCUCUCUCUCAUUCACUCUCUCUCUGUCAAAAAUAAACAGUAAAAAAAAAAAAAAAGAAUUCUUUACUGGUGGCUCUACUACAGUGAUAAUUGAGAACUGUGUUGACUCAGGAAAAAGAAAGAAAAAAAGAGAGAGAGAGAAAGAAGAGGAGGGGGAAGGGGAGGGGGAAGGGGAAGUGGAGAGAAAAAACAACGCUGACAUCCUUAAUCCUUAAGCCAAGCAACACAGUGUGUCUCAAGCAUCGGUUUUCACCUUUGAGUAUAGAGUGUAAUCACCUGAGGAUCUUAAAAAAAAAAAAAAAAAAAAAAAAACCUUGUGUCUGGGCUUUGCUUCCAAGGAUUCUGAUUCAUCUGUUCUGGGGUAGAGCCUCGGUGUUAGGACAUUUUAGUGCUCUUGCUGUACAUUAGAAUCACAUAGGGUGUUUUUUGUUUUUCUUAAAUCUCUACACCCAAUGUGGGGCUUGAAUUUACAACCCUGGGAUCAAGAGUCCCAUGCUGUACCAACUGAGCCAUCCAGGCAUAGGGUGUUUUUAAAAAUAUUUGCCAAGACCCCUCCAGACAAAUAAAUCUGAGCAUCUGAAGGUGAGGUUCAUGCAUAGGUUAUUUUUAGAAAACUCUCUAGGAGAUUCUAAUGUUUAGACAGGUUGAGAACUACUAAAUAAGAAUGUCCUAAAGCACCAUAUAUAAAAGAAGCUUCAAAAGAAUGGGACUUUCCAUUUUUAUGCAGACAGCUGUUAGUAGCAGUGCUGUAUGCUCUCUUUUUGCAUUAAUAGCUUCUGGUAAUUAUACUGUGUCUUAUGGCCACAUCACUUACCAAAUCAUUCCUGUGUCAGUUUUUGAUGCAGCCUGUUUAUUGUUUGAACAGCCUGUAUCUGUUCCAACAUGCCUUUUCUCUUUUCCUGGUGAUUCAUCCUCAUGGCAUACAAUGGAAUAUAAAUAUUUAUUGCAACCAUCUUUGGGUUUGGUAGAAUCACCGUAUCAUUAAUGGUGUAGGGAAAUACUGCUUGACAAGCCUUUAUUUGAAAACCUAGGUCUAGUUGUGUUUUGGAAUCAAAAUCUUCAGAUUUUAGAAAACUAAUGGAGUACAUAUAUUUUACUUAAAUUCCCCAAAAAAAAGAGUCUCAGGUGGUACCUAUUCUCAAAUACACUAAUGUUUCUAUGGUGAAUGUAUGAAUAGUACCACUAAGUGUGAUAACUGAACACUAUAAAGAGAGCCUCAGAUCAGGUCAGUUUUAUCACCAAAUUUAGGAAGGAACUUUCUGUUUUCAGAGCUUUUUUUGGAUAUGAGAAUUAUAGAUUAGGAAUUGUGGCUCUUUUUGUUUUCUUUAAUCUUAGAUGUAUUUUAUUGUAACAUCCUUCAUAAUUGGAUAUUUAACUAGUUCAACCUAUUCUUCCUCUUUACUGAGUGAACAGUUUAUUUUAAAAACACUUUCUGGGGCACCUGGGUUGCUCAGCGGGUUGAGUGUCCGGCUUCGGCUCAGGUCAUGAACUCGUGAUUCGUGAGUUCGAGCCCUGCAUCCGACUCUCUGCUGUCAUUGCAAAGCCGGCUUCAGAUCCUCUGUCCCCAUCUCUCUCUUUGCCCCUCCCCAACUUGCGCUCUCUCUCCCUCUCUCAGAAGUAAACAUUAAAAACAAAACCUUUUUGAUAGAAAAAAAUAAAAACACUUUCAUAGAAAGAACUCCAUGUAAGAGUAUAACAAAACAAUACGUACUGCCUACCUAGGGCAGCCUAAAGGUAUACAUACCAUUUUUAUCAUACUGUUAUACAGUAGAGGAGAGGAAGGUUAUGUGGCUCAAGGCUUUUGAAGCUUUUGAAGGAGACCUAAAGAUUUCAAGGAGUGGCAUAUGAAGACUCAUCAAAUGGAGCUACUAGGAGAACAAUGAAUUGAUACAACAGGUCAUUCCAUUCUUAGCUUUUCUCAUUACUUGGGUUAUGAGUGUCUCAACCAAGGUGUACAAAUUUCUUUCUUGUUUCUAACUGCUGUAUUUGUAGGAUGCUAGCUUCAGAAAUGCCAGACCCAUCCCAGUUAAAGACCUAGUGGAAAGAAAAAUCAUGCAAGAUGAGAUAUAAACUCUGCCUCAUGCCUGUAGUAGUAACGGCUGCUACCUGUUAUGCACGGCAGAUAUACUGGAGUGCAAUCAUCUGAUGUCCUUGAUGUUUCAUCUGCUGUUCCUGAUGCCAUCACAGUGAGAAAAAAACUGUCUUAGCCCCCAGAUCUCAGGUGAAUUGUACAUAUUUUAAAGAUGAAAACACAGUUAUGCAGCUAAAUUAUUUAAUCUCCUAAUAGAGUAUCUGUUGCUAUAAUUCCAAAUGGUCCUGAAUAUUUUAUUAAAAAAAAUUUUUUUAAUGUUUGUUUAUUUUUGAAAGAGACAGAGUGUGAGCAGGGGAGGGUCAGAGAGAGAGGGAGACACAGAAUCUGAAGCAGGCUCCAGGCUCUGAGCUGAAGUCUGACACUUAACCGACUGAGCCACCCCAGUGCACCUGGUCCUGAAUAUUUUAAAAAGUAUAUAGAUGUUCGGUAUAUGUUUGUUAAAUUAAGUUGUUUGACUUUAAUCAGUGUUUCCUUUGAGUCACUGAAAGCUGGUAAUCAGGAACAUUGUUCUGGAGGAAAAUAAAAAAUAAACCAGUUUGGCUACCUGAA